AUGACCUCUAUGCAGCUGCCUCCUGGCAACGACUUCAAUGCCACUUGGACUUUCCUAGAAGAAGGUCUUGAUCAAAUCAUGUGUCGCUUUGAGCAAGGCCUUGACCGUACUCGUUAUUCCAUUCUUUAUAGUGCUGUACACAACUACUGUGCUCGAAGCGAUUCCAACUUGCAUGGCAAUAUCUCAACUCCAGGUGGACCCAAUUCCCGUAGACCUGCUCCUGCACCACCAUUGAUCGGUGGUGAGGUUUACCAACAUCUCAGUAACUACUUGAAGCUUCAUCUUGAAAAGAUCAGAAAGGAAUCUGAACAGUACAUGGACGAAUCAUUAUUACAAUACUAUACCAAACAAUGGACAAGAUAUACCGCUGCCGCUCGUGUCGUAAACAACAUCUUUAUGUACCUUAACCGCUACUGGGUCAAGCGUGAGAUUGACGAGGAUAGAAAGAGCGAUGUCUAUGAUGUAUUUACUUUGACUCUUGUCAGUUGGAAAAAGUACAUGUUUGAAUACGUCAACCACAAUGUUAUUGCCGCAGUGCUGAAGUUGAUCACCAAACAGAGAAAUGGCGAAGUCAUCGAAACAGGCCUUAUCAAAAACGUCGUUGAUUCAUUCGUAUCUCUUGGCCUUGACCACAACGACUCUUCAAAAUCAAAUUUGGAUGUGUAUAAGGAUUAUUUCGAAAAGGAGUUUCUCGAAGCCACUGAAGUUUACUACAAGACAGAGUCAGAAAAGUUCAUUAGCGAAAACAGCAUUCCUGAUUAUAUGAAGAAGGCUGAAACCAGAUUGAACGAAGAAGAGGGCCGUGUGCAAGUCUACCUUCAUCCUACCACCCACAAGACAUUAAUCCCCAUCUGUGAAACUGUUCUCGUUAAAAAUCAAGAGGAGAGCAUCUGGGAUGGCUUCCAAGGUUUGCUUAAUGCCGAUAAGCAGGAUGAUCUUCAUCGCAUGUACUCGUUGCUAGCUCGUAUCACUGACGGUCUCAAUCCAUUGCGUGUCAGUUUCGAAGCUCAUGUCAAAAAAGCAGGUCUCAAUGCAAUUGAGCGUAUUUCGCAGAAUGAAUCUGAAUCCGUUGAUCCCAAGAGCUAUGUCGACACUUUGCUGGAGGUUCACAAGAAAUACAACGAUUUGGUGCAAACUGCUUUUAGUGGUGAGGCUGGAUUUGUUGCAGCUCUUGAUAAGGCUUGUGGUGAGUUUGUCAACAGAAAUAAGGUGUGCAAGGGGUCGUCAAGCAAAUCACCAGAACUUUUGGCCCGUUUCUGCGACCAGUUGCUCAAGAAGAGUGCCAAGAACCCUGAAGAGGAUGAAUUGGAGGAUGUGCUAAACAACGUCAUGACCGUAUUCAAAUACGUCGAGGACAAGGAUGUAUUCCAGAAGUUCUACAGCAAGAUGUUGGCUAAGCGUUUGGUGAAUGGUACAUCUGCUUCGGAUGAUGCUGAGGGCUCUAUGAUCUCUAAAUUGAAGGAGGCAUGUGGCUUCGAGUACACGUCAAAACUUCAGCGUAUGCUGACCGAUAUGUCUCUCAGUAAAGAAUUGAAUGAUCAAUUUAAGGAUUUGGUUUCUCAAGGUCAAGAGGGUUCCUCUGGAGCUGAUUUCAAUAUUUUGGUGCUUGGUGCUGGUUCCUGGCCUUUGUCUGCUCCAUCUACAUCUUUCAAUCUUCCAGAUGACGUUGUCAAAAUGUAUGAUCGUUUCCAAAAGUUCUAUCAAAAUAAGCACUCUGGUCGUAAGCUCAACUGGCUCUUCCAAUUAUCCAAAGCUGAGCUCAAGACACAUUACCUUAAAGCAUCCAAGGUUGGUUACACAUUCAUGGUCUCUGCUUAUCAAAUGGGUGUUCUUCUUCAAUUCAAUACAACUGACAGCUGCACCUACGAAGAAUUGCACAAGAGUACGGCACUUGCCCCUGAAGCUCUGAAUCCCGCUCUUGGUAUCCUUGUUAAAGCCAAGGUUCUUUUAUUGCGCGAUGCUGAAAAUGUUGGCGAUGCUGGAUCUCGUUACGUUCUGAAUCUUGAUUUCAAGAGCAAGAAGGUUCGCAUCAACCUUAACAUGCAGAUGAGAAUGGAGCAAAAGGCAGAAGCCGAUGAGACACAUAAAACAAUUGAGGAGGACAGAAUGUUUGUCAUGCAAGCUGCUAUUGUGAGAAUCAUGAAGACUCGCAAGGUUAUGAAGCAUGUGGCCCUCAUAGAGGAAGUUAUCACUCAAUUACAAUCAAGAUUCAAGCCUCGUGUGCCUGCCAUCAAGAAGUGUAUCGAUGUUUUAUUGGAGAAGGAAUAUAUUGAGCGUGUUGAAAAUCAAAAGGACAUGUAUAGCUAUGUUGCUUAA